AUUAAGUGGCAUCAUUAAUAUUGAGAUGUGUGUAGACCAAGAACACAACACUUCUCUGGUUCUCGCUUGUUGCCUCUAUAAGUGGAGAAACUCAUGACAUUGUUUUUCCCACUCUUACGUGUUUUAUUUUCCUGAAUUUCAUGCACUCUAAUCUUAAAAUCUCUCUCUCUCUCACUUCACUCAUCUAAUCAUCACUCUCUUCUUCUUCUUCUUCCUCUCUUCGUCUCUCUCACCAAAAACCAACCUUUCUUCAUGGCCACUGAAACCCCCGCGAUCAAAUACGAGGAGGAACAUAUACUAAAUUCACGAGGGAUGAAGCUCUUUACAUGCCGAUGGCUUCCGGCUAAUAGGAGUCCGAAAGCUUUGAUCUUCAUGUGCCAUGGCUACGCCAUGGAAUGCAGCGUCACCAUGAACAGCACGGGAAUAAGACUUUCGCAAGCGGGUUUUGCGAUGUUUGGGAUUGAUUACGAAGGACAUGGAAAAUCAGAAGGGGUUCCUGGUCUUGUCAUGAAUUUUGACAGAGUCAUCGACGAUUGUUUGCAACAUUUCUCCACAAUUUCUGAAAAAGCAGAGUACAAGAACAAGAUGAGGUUCUUGAUGGGUGAAUCCAUGGGAGGAGCUGUGGCACUUCUUUUGCAUAGGAAAGAACCACAAUUCUGGGAUGGGGCCAUUUUGGUCGCACCCAUGUGCAAGAUUGCAGAAGAAAUGAAACCAAACACAAUGGUGAUUAGGGUAUUGAAUGCACUAAGCAGAGUUGUUCCGUCGUGGAGAAUAGUGCCCGGCCCAGACAUAAUUGAUAUUGCCUUCAAAGUGCCUGAAGUGAGAGAAGAGAUCAGAGAGAAUGAAUAUUGCUACAAAGGAAGGCCUCGGUUGAGAACAGCCUCGGAACUUCUAAGGAUCAGUACAGAAAUCGAGUCAAGACUGAAUGAGGUUUCACUUCCUUUUCUAGUUUUACACGGUGAGGAGGAUCAAGUGACGGAUAAAGCAGUAAGCAAACAGCUACACGAAGUGGCUGCAAGCUCAGACAAGACACUGAAGUUGUACCGAGGAAUGUGGCAUGGUCUGCUGUAUGGAGAGCCACCGGAAAACUUGAAUAUUGUAUUCGCGGAUAUUAUUCGGUGGUUAGAGAAGAAAACUCAGUUUGGAAAUGCAAGAUUGGAGAGAGAGCUGAAAGGAGAACAUGAACUUGCGAUGAGGUCUGAUCUCUAGCCAUUUAGAAACACAAAGUUAGGGAAUAAGCGUUAGAGCGAGGGAGGGGUCGUGCAUUUUAAACAAAUCAAUUUAUAUGUGCAUUAACGCCCGUGUGUACAGUUUCAAAUCAAUUUAUAAACCAACAAAUGCCUCAAUUUCUUAUUUCAACAUUACCACAUACCUAUUCUCUUUAUGUAAUUAACUUUUACUCAUUUAUAUACGUAAAUUCAUCA